AUGGGAGGAGUUAAAAAGAAAACAACAACAACCAAGUCAAACAAUAAUAACAACCAUGUUAGUGCAGAUGUAUUAGAGUCACUCUUGGAGAUUGGCAAUGAUAUCACUGACGACUUGGUCAAUGCAGUGUGGCGUGGCGAUGACUUGGGAAGUGGCGAUCGCGAGACACUCAAUAUUGUAGCGUCGCGAUUCGGUGUGUCUACACUCACCAACAUACUCCUUUUGUUCAAGCAGUCAACUGCUGCCAUCCCACUACUCAAUAUAAUAACUGUACCAAAGAAAAAGAUCGAUGGUACUCAGCAUCAACAAGAAAAGAAAAACAAGACAACAGCAACAUCAACCAAUACAAAGAAGAAGAAGAAUAACAACAAGUCCAAGAAUAAUAAGAAAAAUAAGAAUAAAGAUGAUAGUGAUGACAGUGACCAAUCAUCAUCAUCAUCUGAAGAAGAAGAGAAGGAAGAAGAAGUAGAAGAGGAGGAGGAAGAAGAGAAAAUGAAUAUAGAUACUGAAGAAAGAGGAGAAGAGGAACAAGAACCAAUGAACAAUGUAUUCUUGGAUUUUAUACAAUCAUCAAAUAUUUCAAUACAGUCAUUAUCAAUAUUGAUGUACUGGCUCAUCGAUAGUAAGGAGAGUGGAAAGGAAGUACAGUUUGUGGCAUCGUCGGUGUAUUUGUAUAUGUGUGUUAUGCAUCAUACCAUGUUCCAUCCAUUGACUUACCGAUCCGUCUUGAAACUAGUGCAAGCAUGCAAGGUGAAUGAAACACAAGUCAGACAAAAGAAUGACCCUUUUGCCAAACCAGCUGCCAAGAAAAAGGCUGCUACCAAGACCAAUGACGAAGAUACUGAAAUGGGUGAUGAAGAAGAUGAUGAAAACUCAUCCCAAUCUCAAUCUCAAUCUCAACAACAACCAGGACAAGAGUCAAUAAGUCCAUCAAGAUUAUUGGAAUUGAUUAAGAGUUUGUUGGAUGAUAUGGAGUUUUGGUUGAACCGAUUUACAUUGUAUAGAUCACCAGACUCGUUGGUACACACUGCCGAAUCGCUAACAACACUUGGCAAGACCAUCAACUUUAAGAAACCAAAGACGACCAACAAGACAGGUGGACGAGGUGGCGGUACACGUGGAGCUAAUAUCGAUCCCGAGGAAAUGGAGAUUGUCAAAACUACCUACCAGAUCAUGGACACGUUGGUCAGCGGUAGACACGGUGCUGCUGGCGACGUACUCCCUCUUCUCCUCAAAGAGUUUAUCCAAGUGUUGACGCUAUCCCCCAAAUCAAUGUUUGUCGUUCCAUCAGUCCUCCCACGUCAACUUGUCAUUGAUCGUGAUAUGGCUAUAGAGUUUAUAGUAAAGAUUGGUAAUCGUAUUAAAGCAUCACAUGAUCAUAUAUUUAUAUUAUUACAACAUGUUUGUAUUCAUGUGUCGGAAAAGGCAGAUUAUAGAGGACAUACAGUGGACAGUGUAUCACGUGUUUUGGCGGCGAUCGGAUCGCCAAUGAUGAUAUCGCGGUUGGCCAACUUCCUCAUGACCUAUGCCAGAAACAGCAAGGUUCACUAUCGACAGUUCUCGGUCGAGUUGGCACUUUCACUACUCCAAUUUAAAGAUUUGUUAGAGUUUGACAAGGUCGUAUUACCUCCUCCAAAACCAACAGCUGCACAAGACAAAGACAAAGAUACUGCAGUUGCAGUCCUACCUAGCUCAGCUAUAGUACCAAUCAACUCUAUUACAGAAGGAAACAUUUGUAAAUUCCUAAAUAUAUUGGUACAAAGAUCGAGUGAUAAGAUUUCAAUGGUUCGAUCCAAAGCGUUGAGUUGUUUGGCACAACUAUUAGAGGAUCAAGAGGUCGUAUCAAGACUAUCAACACAUUUAAAGAUUAUUUUUGGAUUGGAUGAUGCAUCAACCUCGGGUUCCAGUUCGACUACUCUCAUCUCGUUUUUGGCCAAGAGAUCGGACGAUGAAAAGAGUGGUGUUAGAAAAUCGGCACUUCAAGUAUUGGAAGUGUUGAGUUUGCAGUUGGAUCGAUCGGCCAAGUGUAAUUCAGACAUUUUAUCGGUACUGACUGAGCGACGUGACGACUCUUCACCACUGAUCCGUAAACAAGUAGCAUCAAGUUUGACUCUAUUCCUCAAGCAUUUUACCAACGAUAUUCGUGUGGUUGAUACUUGGAGAUCGACCGUUCUCCCAUUACUCGCCGACAAGGAAACAUCAGUCUCUGAAAAGACACUAGAUAUGGUCAAGGAAAUGAUAUUUGAUGCUAUUGUAGAAGUAUCAGCCUCUUCCAAAUCUGGUAAUUCCAUCUACAAACAUUAUCUAUGGCGGUUGUUGGAUGAUAUCUUUACCUAUGAAAUGACACCAUUCCUACACAAAGCAUGUUUUCUAUUGUCACAAAAGAAACUCAUCACUCCACAAAUGAUAAAGUGUCUCCAAACAUUGAUCAAAAAUGAUGCCAAAAACGACACUAUCACAACUAUUGGAGGAUGGGCUCUCCUUGCCGAAAUUGGUAAUUGUAAUCCAGACAAAUUAGAUCAUCCAUUCAUUUUAUCAACUUGGAAUAUUUAUAAAGAUAAAGUUGAUGUUAAAAAAGAUAAUAUUAUUGCAUUAACAUCAAAUUUACUUGUAUUAUUGGAUAAUUCAUGUUCAUUUUUAACAGUUAAUCAAGCUGAAGAAUUGUUACAAGAUUUAUUAGAUCGUGUCAAAUCAUUUAAAUAUUUACCAACUCAUGUUCAAUUAUUUAUUUCUGUUUUGGUUAAUUUAACACAAAGAUUAAACAAAGAAAAAACAAAACAACAAAUUGAAAAGGCAGUUUGUGAAUGGACAAAGGAAGUAUUGGCUAUUUGUGAUAGUGAAUUGGGUAGAUACAUUCUUCCACCAACAAAAGAAGAAUUGGAUGAUAUUGAAGAGGAAGAAGAAGAAGAAGAAGAACAGGAAGAAAAGAUGGAACAAGAUGAAAAUAUUGAUCCAUUGGCGAUUGUUGUGGUUACAAAAGGAAAGAAGAAAAAGGUACGUGUUCCAACAACUACAGAGGUUGGACAAUACUUGUUUGUCAUUGGAGAGAUUGUACAGAUUGGUACUUUUGUUUCGAUUCCAUCACGUAUCAAGACAUUGGUUCAAGCGUUGAUUGCUCCAACAAUGGCAUUCUCGAGAAAGUCUAAUCAAGGAUUGAUGGGAAGUGGUGAUUUGAUUCCCGAGUCAAUCCGAGCACACGCCUUUAUCACACUUGGCAAGUUAUGUCUUAGUGACGACAAGUUGGCCAAGAAAUUGGCCGCCACCAGCCCGGGUGAGACGGACGAGUUCUCCUUGCGCGGUGACAGCAAGCGUCACAAGCGUAUGACUAUCUACAAGACAUUCCUCGCGGCCAUGGGUGACGAGCAUCGCUUCCAGUUGGCCAGCAAGUUGUGCCACGAUGUGUUGGCCGAGGUCACCGACGAAAAGAUGGCGUUGCAAGACUGCGCAGGUGUGGUCUAUGACGCAUUGGCCGUACUCGCAAGCAAAGAGAUCAAGUUGCACGCCAUGACGCGUGCAGUUGGCGACGGCGACGAAGAGAUGACCAUGCAAGAGCAGGCUGCCGAGCAAGCCAAGGGCAAACUACUCACCUCGAUUGUCAAAAAGAACGUCAUUGAAAACAUCGUCCCCAUUGUCAUUGAACUCAAGCACAUGCUCGAAAAGAAACGGUCACCUCUUAUCCGUGAGCUCAUGAUGUAUCUGCGUGAGUUGUAUCGUGACUACAAGACCGAGAUGAACGACAUUAUGGCCACAAACAAACAGUUGGCCAAGGAAAUCGAGUUUGACCUACGUAACUUUGCCCUUCAAACUAAAAAGGCUGCUAUGCAGUCUCCAGUCAAGGCCAUGAUAGAUGGAGGAGAUGUUGGAGGAUUACCACCUUCUGCCCAAAAGAGAGCUUCACUUGGAAAGAUUAUCCCAACUACACCUGGAAAGGCUGACAUGACCAAAUUUGUAGUUCCUCAACUUAAAACACCAUCAAGAGCAUCUACACCUGGUCGUCUUAAUGUCGCUGCAUCCUCUUCAACACCCACCACCACCUCUACUACUACACCAUUACGUCCAUUCCAAACUAGUGGUAGAUUGAGUUUAUCAGUCACUCCAUCAAAAUUACAAACCAUGUCUGCUCAGAAAUCAUUGAUUAUCCAUCAACAACAACAACAACAACAACAACAACAACAACAACAACAACAACAACAACAACAACAACAACAACAACAACAACAACAACAACAACAACAACAAGAACAACAACAAUCAUCAUCUGAUCAAUCACCAAUUAAAUUUAAUUUGGCAAUGGCUGUAAGUGCCAAUAAUGCAACACCAUUGAAAUCAGCACUUAGACCUUCAAUUUCAAGCAAUGGUAGUACAACUCCAUUCCAAUCGGAAAAGAAAAAGAUUAGAUUCAACGAACAACCAUUGUAUAGAAACCUUAGUGAUGAUGAGCGUGAUGCAAGUGACGACGAAGAUGAAAGUAUGGGAACUGUCAUUAAAAUGAAUUUCAAUAUUGGUGAAGAUGAAGAAGAUUCCAAACAAACUACUACUACUACCACUACCCUUGUACCAACAUCAUUGCCACUUAGAAUUACAACAACUGUUACAACCAAAAAGAAGGACAAGAAUAAUAUAGUGUUGCCAAGUCCAAACAAACCAACACCUCCCAUUUCCAAAUGGAAUGUAAAUUUGGUAAACAAAAAGAAAGAUUUGGAGGAAGAAGAACAGGAAGAUGACGAAGAAAAAGUAAAUGUUGAAUCUGAUUCAGAGGAAGAAUACAAAACAGACGAUGAAGAAUCAGAGGAAGAACCAACAACACCAAUUAAAAAGAAAAAGGUGACUGAAACUAAAUCAAAAAUAACUAAAGUAACUAGAAAUGUAAAUAAGAAAAUUAAAACAAAUCAUCAAAAAGAAAAAGAAGUAGAGGAAGAAGAAGAAGAAGAAGAAAAAAAGGUAGUAGAAGAACCAAAAAAACAGCCUUAUAGAAAAAUAUCAGGUAGGAGAGGAAAAUAA